AUGCUUUUUGGGAGUGAGCUUUUUGAGGAAUACAUUGGCCAGCUUGCCAUGGCAUCAAUGGCUUCUUUGGAUAUUAUCACUGAAGGCGAAGAGUUUGAUGCUAAAAAAUUGCAAGAGAAAAUGAGGGCGACUGAGUAUGCGCUAUUGACCUUUAGUUUAGUUGCAAGAAGAUGUUUUGUGUCAUUCUCCACCUGCUGUGCGGUAAGAGCAGUGGUUGGAUCUGCAGGAGAUGAUAGUAUGCAUACUCAAAAAAUUCAGGGUUAUUUGACAGAAAUGGUUGUUCAGAAAGAAAGAGAAGAGAAGCUUACUGAAAUCCUGAAAGAUCGCCUUAAUCUGUAUGUUCAAGGAAACAAAGAGGACUUUAGUAAUCAUGCUGAAGGUGAAGUAUCAAGGCUCUCCGAUGCAGGUCCUAUAAUUGGUGCUAAGGCAGUUGAAAAGAAGACUAUGGGAUGGGAGGAAAGAAGGUUGGGCUCAGUUGGUGGCUUUGGUAAUGGUAAUUCCUGUGAGGAAGCUGUUGUGACUCCUUUGGAAUGGAGGCUAUUGGUGGCAGAGGCGAAUGGAUGUCUCUGGCUGGGAAGAGCCUGGCUGUUUGCAAGGGCAGUCUAA